GUUGUCUCAACGCCAUCGACCGGUUCGGAUUCCUUCGCCUCCUCCUCGUGUGUGGGGCUGCUCUGCGGACACACUUUUCGGCGGGACUUUUUUUCUUUCGAUUUUUUCUUCUGUAUUAUAAUCGCGUUCGUGUGUGUGCGUGCGUGUGUGUGUGUUCGCUUUUGCAGGGGGUCAUCCACCCCUUGGACGUCGGUUCCGUAGCCGGGGUCCCCGGAAUUGUUCCGGGAAAUUUCGAGGAACAUUCGAAACAAGAAUUGUUUGCUUAAAUUGACAAAAAAGAGUUAAUUUUCGUUCCAAGAAGGACAAAAACAAGGAUGUAACACACGGCCAAGGAUGCAGUUUCCGGAUGUUCUGCAGCGGAAGGUGGAGGUCGUCGUCGUCGUCGUAAUCGGCGUUGAUCUACUCUGACAAGAUGCCGAGAGAGAAGCGCUGAAGAAGAAUGGGAAUAAUUAGGUGAGAGCAAAAGUGUGUGUGUGUGUGUGCGUUGAAAGUGUGAUGAGCCGUUGAGGCAUUCUGAAGAGGGGAAAAUGCAAAAGUUUUUUUUUGGCUUGAUGAGAGAAAAAGUGCAAAAAAGUAAGCAGUAAGAAAAGUGAAUGUAAAUAUAACGACGAUUACCGAGUGACGACGAUGAUGAGAAGUGUAGUACGAAAGUGAUACGUCUAAUUUUAGUGAGCAAGUUGGCGAAAGAGGAAAAAGGAAGGAAAAGAAAGAGAGGAGAGAGAAAAGAGUGGGAAACAGAAGAGAAGAAAUUACGUGAUGAUUGUUGUGACUAGAGGUUGAGAGGAGUAAAUAAUAUCAAAGGAAAAAUAUGUACAAAUAGCAAAAAUGUCCUCGUGAGAUAGUGAAAACAUAAAUAUAACAACAAGAAAAAGCAAGCAAGAAGAAUCAAUGAAAGUGAUUUCCUAAUCCACGGGAUUUCUCUCACUCAAACGGUCGGAUGGUUUGGAAAAGUUGAAAAGAGUAAAAAAAGAGUGCGUGUAAAGAUCCGGAUAAGAAGUAGCGUUGGCUCCCGGAAGUGCCCGAGAGGAAAAGAGAGAGGAAGAGAGCGAGUAAACCACCCGUGCGAGUGAGAGAGAGAAUGCAAAUUGUUGCUGCCGGGGCCGCCACAGGAAGCAAGCAAGCAGCAAGCGGAAGAAGGAUUACCGUCCUUGGCGCCCACCGUCGCGGUCGACGUGUUCUUGCUGCUCCGGCAAGAUGAGUGACAAGCUGUCCGCGGCUGGUGGCCGGUACAACCGGAUCAGCCCGUCGUCGGGCCGCGGCUCCAUCAUCGCGUACUCGCCGCUGCCCAAGUCCGAGCAGGAUUGCCUCAUCCAGGGUCCGCCCGGGAACAACUGUCUGGCGAUUCCGCUGUCGGCGAUCCAAACCGACAACAACAACCUGCACGCGAAGCCGGUUCCGCCGGCGCCGCUCAACCUGACCGGGAAGGUGAACAACCCGCACGGAAUCUACGGCACGCACCAGGCGGUGGCGGUCGCGACGGACGGAAGCCAAGCGGCCCACAAACAUGCCGGUCAGAACAAUCACAAUAACAAUAACGGAAAGCGCUUUAUCAUUGUCAGCGACAUCAAGAAAACAGUGAGCUUCGGUGGUCAGCCCGGAAGUGGUGGCUUCGUCAGUUCCCGCAGCGAACCGAUCUCGCUGGCAACACUGGACAAGGACUGCUUCAUCAUCCCGGUGCACAGCCUGGACCGGUUUCUACCUGCCGGAAUUCCCCUUCCCACGCCGGAAACGACCGACGCCAGCCAGCAGGGCCCGCUCAGUGUGCUGGAGGUGUCCGAUCCGAAGAUCUGCAUCCUGGCCCACCUGAUGAGUCCGCUGGAGCCGAUCGAGCCGCUGCUGGAGUCGCCGCUGGCGCACCCCCUGUCCAAGCAGCGCGCGGUGGCGUCCGAGCUGCUGAACGAGGUGCAGCAGGGCAACAACGCCGUCGGGGGCAUGCUGCUGGCCAACAUGGAGCGGAGUUCCGCCGAGUUCCCCUUCAUCGCGUACUAUGUGAUAAACACCACCCAGACUGAUCCGGCCCUGUUCUACAGCGGGGUGCGCGGCGCCUCCCUGUCCAAGUUCGAGCCCAAAAACACCCGCUACACCGCCGCCCACACGCUGGACCUGUACAGCGAAGUGGCCUCGAUCUGCCGGCCUCCGCUAGCGCUCGCCCCCAACGAGGUGGGCAGCGUCAAAAAGGGCCAAACGCCCUCGACCGGGUACAUCAUCAGCGUGUACAAGGUUUACGAAGGUGACGACGGCGAGCGGUUCGAACGGAAUUGGCUGUACUGGACCGGUGCCAGGAUGAUUUACAGAUAUCUGCCCAAAACGGCCGGCCUGCGGCGGAUCACGCUGCACAAGAGUGUGUCCUCGCGCGGGGACAAGAUGUAUCUGCUGAUCUGCGAGUGCGCCGACCUGCUGAAGGACCUGUCCGCCGCGGCCCUGCUCAUUCCGGCCCUCCGAGCCCGCCUCUGCGGCUACACCGGCCUCUACCGGCCCAUCCAGACCUUCUAGAAGCAGAGCGCAGUCGUUGAUUUUUGUUUUUUUUUUUUUUCAAAAGCGAUUUUAAUUUCGACGAAUCUAAUUUCUUUUUGUAUGUUAGAAACACUAAGAGAAACACCUGUAGAAACACGCGGUUAGCAUUGGAAACCGGGCAUUCGACUUAUUUUUCACAGAUUUUCAAAACAUUUCUUUCCAACACACGGUUGUGCAAUUAAGCAGCGGUUAGAAUAGUUUUGAGAGACGGUAGCAGAUCGGACGCGGACUAGCGGUAAAAUAGUGGCGAAGCUAAAUUUGACUAAUUAGAGAGACUAGAAACGUAAGUGAAAUCGCAAAAACCAAACUCGUUAAUGGUACAUUUAUAUGCUUAAAACUUUUUAUCAAAACCGCGAGAGAAAAAAAAAGAGAAGCAGAGAAAAUAUAGUGAGCAAUAAGUUACCAGUAUUUAUAAAAGAAAAGAGAAUUUAAGCUAACAUAAAAAACUCUAGAUUCAACUGCCAGACGCGCAGAGACGGGGGCGUGAAACUCAUUUCUUCUCCAGUGACAAAAAACACACGAAAAAUGCAACAACAGCAAGAAAGAAAAAAAGAAGACAAAAUAUUAUCCACAUACAAACACAAAACAAGAAGGGAAAUUUAAAGAAAACAGAGGCACUCAUGGUUUCAUAUGAUUACAUAUAUACAAUCAUCGAACUAAACACAUUAUUUACACACUGAAACUGGAAGGAGAACCAGAAAAA